AUGCCCAAGGACAACGUCGUAACUGAGUAUGAUAUUGAAUUUAAAGAGGAAGAGACAAAGGUCAUCGUAUUCAGCCAAAAUCGAAUUGGAGAGAAUGCUGAUAUGCGCAUGGAGGGGAAGGUAAGUCAUCACGGCAUCGCGCGGCCGAAGAUGGACGCCAAGUAUAGAAAUGUCAGCAAGCGAAGAACCUUGAUGUCUCACAAGAGGAAUAGGGAAAUUGUCCUCAUGGGGGAGAGUGAGAGAAGGGCUGUGCAGCGCGAUGAAAUUCGACCCAUGUCAAUGACAGAAACCUUGAAGGACCGUGAGAAGAGGAAGAAGAAGAAGGAAGAUGCGAGAAGGCAUUUGGAUGUGCCAAGUGCCGAGUACCAGAAGCAUGUCAGACUGGCUGUUUUCAAAGCGUUUGCUAUACAAGCACAUUAUUUUGGGGAUGAACUAUCAAAGGUCACGGCGACGGGCAUGCAACAAUUGCGACCGAUCAUUUCAGAAGUUUGCGCGUACAACAAGUCAGGACCUUACCAAGGGCAAUACGAUCUCAAGGAUGAAUAUAAAACAGUCGCGCAACGCCAGCAAAAGAAUCGCGAGUUGGCAGCAUACGAACAAGAACAGCUAGAGCUUCUUCAGAAAAAGCGAGAGGAAAAUGCGGAGCGAGAAAAAGAAGCUCAAGGUUCGAAGAAGCAAAGACUGAGUUAGGUACAGAAGCUAGUUCACAGGAGACUCACAUGUACUUUUUUUCAAGAGGAACAGGAAGCGAGCGUGCAAAUUCAUAUCUAGUUGAUUUCAUGUCAACACAUUCAUACAAACUAGAUAUACAGUUAUGCAAUCAUGGUCAAGUACGACAACUGUUAGCGGCAACGCCGACGGUUUUGGCAUAUCUAGGUGCCGGCAAGACCCUUUGACGAAGGGAUCGCCGAUGACUAUUCUUGGUACUGCAUCCGCUUUAUCGUUGUUGUUAGCAACAUAAAUCUCUUGAUUGAGGGUGUGCAUCCACUAGAAGGGAUGUACACAUU